AUGACAUGCGCGAACAAAAAAGCUCAUUCCGCCAGCAUCUUCUCUUCCUCAAUGGGCAAACGCCAAGAAGCGACGCGGCCCGCGCCCGCGCCCGCGCCUUGCGGAGCGGACACCGCCCUCCUCUGCGCGGUCAUCGUGCCUGUAUACAACGCCGCCGCGUACCUGCGUCCGUGCCUGCUCUCUGUCCUGUCGCAGACGCACGUGCGCCUAGACCUCGUCGAGCUGUUGCUGUACGACGACGGGUCGACGGACGCCUCGUACGCCGUCGCGUGCUCGGUCGAGCCGGUGCUGUCGGCGGCCCUCGCGCGCGUGGUCCUCGCGCGCGGCGCGGAGGGCCCGCUGGGCGUGGGCGCGGCGCGGAACGCCGCGUGUGCCGCCUCCACGGCCCCCGUCCUCGUCUUCCUGGACGCCGACGACACCAUGCGGCCCGCCCGCAUCGCCCGCUCGCUGCGCGCCCUGCGCGCGCCGCGCCCGCCGCACGCCCCGCCCGUGCACAUCGUCGGCGGCGUCUUUGACCGCGUCCCCGCGGGCUCCACGCCGCGCUACGAGGCAUACCACCGCCGCCUCGCCACUGCAGACCUGUUUGUGCAUGCCUUCCGGGACACCCCGCUCGCUAUGCCCACCGUCGCUUGCCUCAGGCUUGUGUGGGAGACCGUCGGCGGCUUUGUCGAGGGCACGGCCGUGCCGGAGGACCUCCACUUCCUCUACUCUGCCAUGAACGCCAACUUCAACAUGCUCAAAUUGCAGGGCCCUAGUCUCACUGCCUACCGCUUCCAUCCCAACAUGACUAGUCUAUCGCUCCAUCGUAGAACUCUCCUCCAAGUAAGAGUCAGUGCCUUUGAAGCAUUAGUCUUGACAAAGACGAAUUGGAAGGGAGGCUUUUCAAUUUGGAAUAGCGGCCGAGAUGGGAAGGAUGUAUUCAAAACACUCACCGACUCCGCAAAGGCUAUGGUCACCGCUUGGGGGGAUAUCGAUCCAAGAAAGAUAGGUAAAUUGCAAAGGGAUAUACCCAUUCUCCAUUUCUCACACCUGCAACCACCGAUAGCGUGCUGCGUCGCUCUAGAUCGCCAGGGGAGGGAGUUUGAGGCUAAUUUAGCAUCUUUAAACCUCACACCGGGCCGCGAUUACGUCCAUCUCAUCUAG